AUGGGUCUCACCUCCCAACUGAUCCCAAUGCUAGUCUGCUUACUGGCAUGUACCAGCAACUUCGUCCAUGGACACAAGUGCGAUGUUACCUUACAAGAGAUCAUCAAAACGCUGAACAUCCUCACAGCAACAAAGAACUUGUGCAUGGAGCUGCCUGUAGAAGACGUCUUUGCCACCACAAAGAACACAACUGAGAAGGAAACUUUCUGCAGGGCCGGGACUGUGCUUCGGCAUAUCUACAGAUACCACAAGUGCUUCAACAAACCCCUGAGUGGACUUCACAGGAACCUCAGCAGCAUGGCAAACAUGACCUGUUCUGUGAAUGAAGCCAAGAAGAGUACGUUGAAAGACUUCUUGGAAAGGCUAAAGAUGAUUAUGAAGGAGAAAUACUCAAAGUGUUGA